AGAGGAGUGGAAACUUUCAAAGAGAACUACAACUCCCGGCAGGCUGGGGGAAAAAUGCGUCCACUUCCGCGGCAUCUUGGCCCCUUCGCCUCACGGGAGUUGUAGUUUCCCCAGUUAUUUUUCUCCCUAAGAAGUGGCUUCAAGUUAGCGAUUGUCACAGGUCACCUUACAAGAGACCCAGAGAUUAGGUCCCCAGCUCUCAAAGAGUGGGUCGGGUAUGUUUAGAAAUUGGCCAGAGAGGCAAGGCACUGAGGAGUGAGUGUGAAAAGCCUCUCCAGACGCGAGGUGAGAAGGAGUCUCCAAGAUCCCAGGCAGAAUGUCUCGUGAGAAUGAUACAUGGAAGAAAGAGACCCUGGGGGGAGAGAUCGCUGCCAUAAGACUGCAGAAGCUGGAACAGCAGGGUUCCUGGCCCCCAUCCACCCCUUUCCCUCUCCCUCAGUGGCGGCUGUUUGAGAAGAAGCAACGACGCAAGCGCCAAGAGCCCCUCAUGGUUCAGGCCAAUCCUGAUGCUUCCUUUCGCUCCCGCCGACCGCGGUGGCGGGAGGAGCGCUUCGCAGGCCCGGGGAACCCUUUCCUACGGGAGAACGUGCCACAGGCACAUCUGCGCUCUGCCACCCACAGUGUCUUGGGCGCCGUGAGCUGUGGUGGAGAUGGCAGCGGCGAGAGCUGCCCCCUGCUAUCAUGGACUGCGGCAGGUAAUCUCGAGCCCUUGGACCGCCUACACCCUAGAACUCCGUCCCCUAGAACCCGGGAGUCUGGAACCUCAAACCCUGGUCUCCAAAGGACCCAGGAGUCCAGACCUUCGCAGGCCCUGAAAUCCUUCACACCAAGGAGUCGAGGUCUUGUACCUUCUUCUCCAACACCCAGGAAUCUGAAUCUCCAGCCCUUUCCUCCCUCAGAACUCAGAAAUCCCAGUCUCCCAUCCCCUUCCCUAUCCUGGCCACCAGGCAGUUCCGAUCUGGAGUUGGAGGAAGUCUCCAUGGAGGAGGACGUUCCCGCCUCUCCCCGUCCUUUUAAAGAGCCUCCAGGGACAAGACGCAGGGGUUGGCCACCCCACCAACAACUUGGGUCCAGUACAGAGGACGAGAGCAAGUUCCAGGAUGUUGUAGAUGAAUACGAAUCACCUAGUCCAGAAACAAUCCCUGGAAUGGACAGUGACCAGGAACGUGGAGAUUUGGCUUCCAACCAGGGCGAAGACCUGGAAGAGAAGAAAAAGGAGUCGCAGUCUACAGUGAGGAACUCCCCAGGGGCGGCCGGCGAGGAGGUGUCCGAGGCCCUGGAAGGCGAGGGCGGUGCGGGCAGCAGCGAUGUGGGGAGCCCGCUGGACUUGCCCCUCCGCGUCCCAGGCCCUCGGCUGGGCGAGGACAUGGAAGCGUAUGUGCUGCGGCCAGCGACGCGGGGCCGCACAGUGCAGUGUCGCAUCAGCCGCGACAAGCACGGUGUAGACAAGGGCAUGUUCCCUUUCUACUAUCUCUACCUGGAGGCAGCCGAGGGCCAGAAGCACUUUCUUCUCGCUGGGCGCAAGAGAAGAAGGAGCAAAACCUCUAAUUACCUCAUCUCCCUGGACCCUACAGACCUGUCUCGGGAUGGGGACAACUUUGUGGGCAAAGUCAGAUCUAAUGUCCUAGGCACCAAGUUCACCAUCUUCGACAAUGGAGUGAAUCCUGAAAGGAAGAAUUUCGUCCCAGAGACAGAUCGGAUCAGGGAGGAGUUGGGCGCUGUGUGUUACGAGACCAACGUCCUGGGAUUCCGAGGGCCCCGGAAAAUGACAGUGAUCAUUCCAGGAAUCGAUGCCCAGAACCGGAGAAUCAGCGUCCAGCCACUAAAUGAACAGGAGUCUCUACUGAGUCUCCUCCAACAUGGGGCCAGUCAGGGGCUCAUCUUGCUGCAAAACAAAGCCCCAUCGUGGAGCGACGAGAGCGGCGCCUACGUGCUCAAUUUCCAUGGUCGAGUCACUCGGGCCUCGGUCAAGAACUUCCAGAUCGUUCAUCCGGAUGACCCGGACUACCUAGUGCUCCAGUUCGGCCGCGUGGCCCCAGACACGUUCACCAUGGACUUCCGCUUCCCGCUUUGCCCUCUCCAAGCCUUCGCCAUCUGCUUGUCCAGUUUCGAUGGGAAACUGGCGUGUGAGUAAACCAAUGAAGUACGGUAAUCUCAUCGGCUCCUGUGCCUGCUCAUUUGGAGGCUAAUAGGCGACACUUACUAACCGCCUCCUGGGUGCCCAGUCCUGGGUUUUAGGGAGUGGGCUGUGCAGCAGCACCUGCUCUCCUGGGACUCAGAAUGGCUCAUGGGAGAUGGGUCUUAAGCAGCAAAAAAUCAAAACGCUCCUCUGCUAUGUCUGGGAUAGCGUGACAGAAGCCUGGGGAACCACUGGAGGACUGGCAGGGUAUGAGGCAGGAAGGGUGCAGGACAUUUGGGCCACUCUCUUUGAACUGCUGGACAGAUCUUAUGAGGUCAGAGGAGAGGUCUAAGCUGGAGACGUAAACGUGGAUAGGUAUUUGAUGAUAUGCAGGAAGGGCGAUGAGAAAAAUUACAAUACUAGCUAACACAUAUUUGUUAGUUGGUGAGCACUGUUUUAAAUAUGAACUCCUUUGGGGCCUUAUAAUCCCAUAGGUAUGUAUAGUUGUCAGCCACAUUUUACAGAUAAGGAAACUGAGUCAGUGGCCACAGGGCUUGUAAACGUGAAAUCAGAAGUUGAAGACCCUGAGGAACUGAGCAUGUAAAGACCAGGAGGAUGAGUCUUUAUAUUCCAGGGAGGCACAGUAAACCGGAGCAAAACUCCUUUUUGGAGAUCAGUGAGUCCAGCACCCAGCCCUUUUGGAGGACAAUUGUCCCAAGUUUAAUAAAAUUUAGGCAGAAGCCCAAGAAAAACUACAAAACCCACCAGCCCGUGUUCAAAAGAAGCCUC